CUCACUCUAUGUACCUCCCGGCUUUCCAUCUCUCUCGUCAAAACCCUUUCUUCCACCAACUAUUUUCACUUCUCAAAGAGUCUCAAAAUAUCAGAUACAAAAUCACUCUUUUUCUCUCUACAUCUCCUUGUUCUCGGAAUGAAUUACAAACCCGUCUGAUUUCCUAUAAUCAGAAACCAGAGAGAGGGGAAAAAAAGAGGGAAUCCCAUUUUAUUUCCACUAUGGGGCCGUACGACUCCCCCAACUCGGCCGGCAGCACCAGCGGCAGCUCAUCCUCCUCGUUGCCGAAGGCCCCAAACGAAAUCGACGGCCUCCUCGCCGGCGCCGGCUACAAGGUCCGCUCCUCCGAUCUACGACAUGUCGCUCAACGCCUCGAACGCCUCGAGACCGUCAUGUCCGUCAACUCCCCCGCCGUUGACAUCUCCCAACUCGCCUCCGACGCCGUCCACUACAAUCCUUCCGAUAUCGGCUCUUGGGUCGACUCUCUCCUCUCCGAGUUCUCUUCCCCUCCUUCUCUAUCCUCUGAUCUCCCUGAUUUCCCCGAUCUGAUCAACGGGGCCGUCGCUCUAAAUCAGACGGCCGGGAACGAAUUCUGGCCGAAUAACGCUACGCCUCAGCUGCACCAGAAUAUUGCCCUCCACAAUCAGAACCCUCAUCAGUUGACGGUGGUGACCGCGAUGGAGGAAGAUUCCGGGAUAAGGCUGGUCCACGCGCUAGUCACGUGCGCCGAAUCUAUCCAGCGUGGCGAACUCGCAUUGGCCGGCUCGCUUAUCGAGAACAUGCAGUCCCUGCUGACGCGCGUCAACACGGAAUGCGGCAUCGGGAAGGUCGCCGGCUAUUUCAUCGACGCUCUCAGCCGUCGGAUUUUCGCACCGCAGGGAAUUGGCUCCGCUCCCCCCGGUUCCUCCGAUGCGUACGGUUCGGUCUACGAGAACGAGGUUCUGUACCAUAAUUUCUACGAGGCGUCACCGUACCUGAAAUUCGCCCACUUCACAGCAAAUCAAGCAAUCCUCGAAGCCUUUGACGGCCACGAUUGCGUCCACGUCAUCGACUUCAACCUCAUGCACGGCCUCCAAUGGCCGGCGCUUAUCCAAGCCCUGGCUCUCCGUCCCGGGGGACCUCCUCUUCUCCGGCUUACCGGCAUUGGCCCGCCGUCUCCCGACGGCCGCGACUCGCUCCGUGAAAUCGGUCUCCGACUCGCCGAGUUGGCCCGUUCCGUCAACGUCCGUUUCGCCUUCCGCGGCGUGGCGGCGUCGAGGCUUGACGACGUCAAGCCGUGGAUGCUCCAGGUCAGCCCUAAGGAGGCCGUCGCCGUCAACUCCGUCAUGCAUCUCCACCGCCUCCUCGGGUCGGAUCCUACCCGGAGUUCUCCGAUCGACUCGGUCCUGAGUUGGAUCCGGAGCUUAAACCCGAAAAUCAUGACGGUGGUUGAGCAAGAAGCGAACCACAACCAAACCGGGUUCUUGGACCGGUUCACGGAAGCUCUGUACUACUAUUCCACCAUGUUCGACUCACUAGAAGCUUGCUCGGUUCAGCCAGAGAAGGCGUUGGCCGAGAUUUACAUACAGAGGGAGAUAUGCAACGUGGUUUGCUGCGAAGGCUUGGCUCCAGGCGAUGGACACGAGCCCCUCGGCUCCUCUGAUGUUGGUUUGGUGUACAAAUCAAGGAAAGAAGGUGGAGCUGUGAUAAUGGGUUACUGUGACUCAGAUUAUGCUGCAAAUAUGGACAAGAGAAGGUCAGUUUCAGGAUUGCACUUUGUGAGAGAUAUAAUUGCACAAGAGACAAUCAAAGUUGAGAAGAUAUCAACUUUGGUUAACCCAGUAGAUAUGCUAACUAAGGACAUUCAUGUGAGUAAGUUUGAGCAAGGUUUAAGCUUGCUCAACAUGUUGCCAACUUGA